AUGACCGAUCUCAUCAAUCCCGAUAUCUUCACCUGCAACGAGCAGCACAACAGCAGAGCCGUGCAAGUCUUGACUGCGGUCGCUUCGUCAGUUGGUACCGCUGCGCUCGUACCGUUUCUGGAGAGCGUCUGUUCAAUCAUGAAUCCAGGCAGUGCUCGAGAUGCGGGGUAUAGGACUGUGAGGCAAAUUGUUAUGGUUAAUAAAGACAGCGUAGUUCCUCACAUGACUCCACUAGUGAAUAUCGCAUUGAAGGAGAUAGCCGCAGGAUCAAACACUUGGAGUGUGGCAUCUGCUGCCAGAGCUAUCGACUCGCUUGCCCGGGCCGCGCACUCAUACGGGGUUAAUGAUAAUUUUAGCAAGGCGAUGCCUGUGAUUUUUCACUGUAUGAGAAAUCACUUUAACCGGCGGUGGACAAAAUCCGCUGUGGCCUGCGCACAAGCAAUCGGAUCCAUCAUUGAGCUGACAGAGGAGCCAGACAAGAGUUUUUACGCUAAGGAACUGAUGGAAACUGUUUGCCGCGAGAAUUUUGGAUCGGAGUCUUUGGACGAGGAGACGACAAGGGUUGUUAUGGCGGUCUACAAGCAGUGUCUUGGUGCUAAAGAGGUCACUGGUUUGGAUGUUAUGGGAUGGCUCAACAACGAGGGGUGCGUGUUCAAGUCACUUUGGGAAGGAGCCGGGAGUUGA